CCCUCUCGGCCUCUCUGUCCACUCGUGUCGGCCAGUUCUCAUUGAUUACUCAGACUCAGCCAGCUCGCGCUCAGUGCACGCGCCACGCGCUCCAUGCCGGUAUAAAACCUGGACUUUGUCAACUAGCCAACAGACUGACACACAGACAGACUUACCUGGUGGACGUUCACACGCUCAGAUCCUGACAAUGCAGAAUUCCUGGAUGGCGUUUACUGUCGUUGCCGUGGCAACCCUGUGUGUCUGUGUCAGCGGAAUGGGGAUGGGCAAGAAUGCCCAGUCGUUUGGGGAUGGUCAAAACAAUGACCAACGGUACCAGAAAUGGUACGAAUGGAUGGUCAAGCGACAGCUGGGGUCCAACGACCUGUCGUUUGGUCGUUACCUGCAAGAUGGCGGCAAGUUCCUGGACUGGGGCAGCGUGUUUGAUGGCGGUCGAGGGAAGAGGCAGUUGUCUGGAUUCCCAGACAGAUUUGGAAACUACCAGCGGUUCUUCACGAACGGGCUGCAAGACUGGAAGAGCACCUUCAAUGGCGAGAAGAGAGUUGCCCCUGAAGAAUAAACGGUUCUGUGAUGUGCGCAUGCGUGAACUCCGCACGCGCCCAAGCUUACAACAAAAGACCCACCUCAUUCUGUUGUCUUUCACAAGUCUCUCAUGUGUGUUAUCUCCCUGCACGAAGACACAAUGACAUCAGUGAAUAUCACCAGGUUCGCCAACACACAACCUAGGAAACUCAAUAUUCAGAUACAGGAUACUAGCUUGUAGUCCAAAAUUAUAAGCGCAGCAUUGUCAUGCCAGACCAGUGAUUUCCAUAUAUGGAUUGUCGUCCAUGUCCAUGUCGUAUUGGAGACGUGAGCGAUGAUAGAGAGUAUGUUUAAUCCAAGGGGCAUGUCAGGAAGACAGUCUAAUUACCAACUUGGUUUGAUAUGUUCAGGCAUCUCGGCCUCGGGUAGAUCAUAUAUAAAAGUCUUUGUUCGUCAAAUAAUACAGAAAAUUAUCACACAAGUUACAAUGUUUCAUGGUAGGUGUAAUCUCUUACUUUAUAUGUCAUUCUGUUGGACAUUUCCUUUUUCAAUAAAAUGUUUAUGUUUAA